CUCGGAUCCACCGAGUUUCAGAAUGGAUAUCUUAUAUCUCUCCCAAGAACACGGGGACACAAAAGAAAUUGACACGACCACUUCACCGGAAACAGUGGAAAUCAAUACUCUGUCGAACACCAUGCAUUGGACCAUAGUAUCCAACGACACGGAACUUGUUUCACUUCCUGAACAAAAACCGCAAAGUAGUUAUAUCUACCUCACUGUCAGCAUUAUACUCGGAAUCCUCCUAGGAAUUGUGUUGGUUGCUCUGUUGGCUCUCACCAUAAGGAAUGGGAGUCUGAAACGAAAGCUCCAAGCAGAAAAUCUGAACUCUCAGAACCCAACAGCAAUCUCGGUAAUUGCAGGUGAAAGUGGCGAACAGAAUCCGUACGACUUUGCCAACGAAGAAGUCGCAGGAACAAGCAACAAUGCUUUCGCAAACGUAGCGGAUGCGGUUUACAGCGUUGUAAACAAACAAUCAAAAAAGAGCGCGAUGCCGCAGUGAUGAUGCAGUUCAUUGACCAAUUAUUAUA